GGUGUCGUACAUGGCGCCCGAGUACCUGGACAACCGGCUGGGCACGUGCUCGGAUGUGUAUUCCUUCGGCGUGCUGCUGUGGCACAUGUACACCGGCAGGUCGCCCUUCGCCGACUGCAGAUAUGAGGCCCAAGUGGCGGUGGGGGUGCUGUCAGGGGAGCUGGCGCUGGAGUGGCCCGCCGCCACCCCGGCCCCGCUGCUGCGGCUGGGCCAGGCAUGCUGCCGCCGGGAGCCCGCCGAACGGCCCUCGGUGCAGGAGGUUCUGUCCGCGCUGUCGCACAUGGAGGCCCACAUCCACCACCUGGCGGACACUACCGCUGCCACCGCUGCCACUGCUGCCGCCAUUGAUGCCCGAGCACCGGCGACGGCCCCCCAGCAUGCCUGCCACCGGCCCGCCAGCCUGCCCUCCCACGCACCCCACCUCGGCGCCGGUGGCGGCGACUGCGGUGCUGCCGCCCUCAGCGGCCCCCGCGGCGGCGGUAGCACUGGUGGAGGGGAAACAGCCCC